AUGGAAUGCGGGCCUUACGGGAACAAUAUGUACCUUGUGGUGUGCCCGGAGACUAACGAGAGCAUACUCAUAGAUACGCCGGCGGAGCCGGACAAGAUGAUCGAGCUUGCGAAGACGACGGAUGUGAAGGCGAUAAUCAUCACGCACAAUCACAUGGACCACCUGCUUGGGUUCGAGGAUGUGACGGCGGCGAUAGACGCACCUGUGGGGAUUGGAGCGGACGAUGCGGACGCGUUGUCGCGCCCAGCGGACAUUCUACUGAAUGAUGGCGAUGUGAUUUCGGCGGGGAAUGUCAAUCUUACGGCGGUGUUCACGCCGGGGCAUACGCCCGGCUCGACCUGCUAUCACACGAGCGGCCACCUGUUUUCCGGCGACACGCUGUUUCCCGGAGGACCGGGCAAAUCGGGUUCGCCGGAGAAGCUCAAGCAGCUUAUCGGAAGCAUCACUAGCAAGCUGUUCCCGCUAGGGGACGAUGUGAAUGUGUAUCCCGGUCACGGCGAUGACGGGCACUUGCAGUCUUCCAAGGAAGAAUACGCUGACUUUCGCAUCGCGCGAGCAUCCGGAUGA